AUGGAUCCAGUCGAGAAAUCAAUUCGUGAUGCUAAGAUGGACAAGUCUCAGAUUUAUGACAUUGUUUUGGUUGGAGGAUCGACUAGAAUCCCAAAAGUCCAGAAGCUGUUGUCUGACUUCUUUUCUGGUAAAGAACUUAACAAGAGCAUCAACCACGGCGAGGCUGUCGCCUAUGGAGCUGCUGUUCAGGCUGCAAUUUUGUCUGGCGAUAAGUCUGAGAAUGUUCAGGAUCUUCUUCUUUUGGACGUUGCCCCACUCUCGUUGGGUAUUGAAACUGCUGGUGGCGUCAUGACUCCGUUAAUCAAGAGAAACACGACUAUUCCCACCAAGACUUCUCAAACGUUCACUACUUACUCUGACAAUCAGCCUGGUGUUCUUAUUCAGGUCUAUGAAGGUGAACGUGCUAUGACUAAGGACAACAACUUGUUGGGCAAAUUCGAGUUGAGUGGAAUUCCUCCUGCUCCUUGUGGUGUUCCUCAAAUCGAAGUCACCUUUGACAUUGACGCCAACGGAAUUUUGAAUGUUUUUGCCCAAGACAAGUCUACUGGAAAGCAAAACAAGAUCACCAUCACUAACGACAAGGGACGUCUUUCCAAAGAUGAGAUUGAGCGCAUGGUCCAAGAAGCUGAGAAAUAUCGUGGAGAGGAUGAAAUUCAGCGUGAUCGUGUUUCUGCAAAGAACGGACUUCAGUCUUACUGCUUUAACAUCAAGCAGAUAAUGGAGGAUGAUAAGGUUUGAUUUUGAGGGGAUAAUGCUUGGGUUGGGUGUGGGCUUUUGAUGGGUUGUCCUUGGUGGAAGGACUGAGGAUCGGAAUGCGCGGUCUUGUGUGGCGAUGAUCUGGGGAAAGGGGAGGGGCUGUCUUAAGGGGAAAGAGCUUGGGCCAGAAAUCAGAUGUUGUGUUGUGAGAUGGAUAGGUUGUCUUCCGCCUUCCUUUAUUGACCCUUCCACUUUUAAAAAUCCACUUUCUUGGUUCACUUUCUUGUAAGGGACUUGUU